CGCGGUUGUGCACAACCAAGCGGCAUGACGACAACAGAGGAUCUGUGGCAGAAGAAGAAACGUGUGUAUGCUCAGCAGCUGACAGACCGACUCAAGGACGACGAAGCCUUCAAGCGCUCCUUCGUGCAGACGGCAGAGCAUGUCCGCGCCAUCCACAAGCUCAACCUUGACUACAACAACCGCCGCACCGUCGAACAAUCCAUGUGUGCCAUCUCGGCCGCAAGUGUGCUUCUCGUGUUCGUCGACUGCGCCGUGGACACCCCUUGGAUCCGCGUGAUCAACACUGCGUUGACUGUCGCCUUGCUCUGCCUCCUCAUCCGGCGUUACACCAUCGAAGUGCACAUCGCGAUAGGCAAAGGCACGCUUCCGUCCGACGUCCGCCUGCACGAACUACCGUCGUCCGUCAUCCUCGGGUUCCUUGUGGAGUUUCUCAUCUGCAGCCUCACCGUGCCCCCCUUCAUCACGAACGGGUCCUUCUCCGUGCAGCAAUGGAUCACCCGCGCACAGGUUGAUCCCAUCACCCACGCGUACUUCUGCAAGUUCGACGGCGUCCUGCUCGGCCGCGACUGCUACUUGCUCUACUCUUACCCGUACCAGGUCGUCGGGCUUGUCCAGCUCGUUCGUGUGUAUAUGGUCCCGCGCUUUGUGCGCAAUAUGUCGGACUUUUACAGCUACCGCAUUGCGUUUAUCGGGAGUCUCAACAACGUGGAUGCGUUGGGCACGCUCUUCGCCAUCAAGUACCUCUUGCGCACCAACCCAUUUACCUUGCUCAGCCUCGGCUUCCUCUCAUCUCUCUUGACCACUGCGUGCGCAGUAUGGAUCGUGGAAGCCCCCGUCAACCCCCUCGUGUCAACCUACGGCAACGCCGUGUGGCUCACCGUCGUGACCAUGGCCACCGUCGGGUACGGGGACAAAGUGCCCGUGACAGUCGCCGGCCAAGUCGUGAUGAUUGUGUUUGCCAUGGUCAGCGGCAUCCUCCUCACGGGAAUGCUCAGCGCAUCCUUCUUCGCCAUGCUCGAGCUCACGGCCGCCGACGUGACUGUGUUUGGCUUGCUGGACAAGGAAAAACAGGCCAAGCAGACGGCCAAUGCAUCCGCCACACUCAUCCAGGCCGCGUGGAACUUGCACUCGUGUGGCCGCCAUCAUCCUCCUCCUCUCGACCAUGCCAACGCGUACCAAGCAGCGUCUGUGUUGCUGUACGCCACGGCCCAAGUGUGCCGCAAACUGCGCAAGUCGCGACCGCUGCACGUACCGUCCACGACCGAACAACUCGAUGGACAUUUCGGAACUGUGAGAAAAAAUAUGCACGCGGACUUUGCCAGUCGGAAGGCGCGGCUCCUGGCGCUUGAAGCCGAGUUGGACGCGGUCCAGCUGUAGAAACCCAUGACGAAUCAAAACUACUCGAAAAAUCAAUGAUUAUUCGAAUUAAAUAGGACUAAAACAGACUGGUUGGGACCAA